GUGGUUACUUGUCCAGUGCCUUCACCAUCCAGUGGUACAAGAGCCACAUGUCCGAGGAAUGCAACAGUGCAUCACAAUGCAGUGUAUUACAAUACAACCUGUCAGUUCUCGUGUGAGGAUGGCUAUGUAGGAUCUGGCUCUCAAGUAAGAAGAUGUCAGCGCAAUGGAACUUGGAGUGGACAGAAUUACUCUUGUCAAAGUAGGUCCUCGAAGCUUGGUAAUGACCGAUAUGUAAUAUAUUCCGUUUUAUUUUGUAAAUAACCACCGGCAGGUCAGUAUAUUCGGUGUCUGGUGGGAGUGAAUAUGAGUCGCUGCCGUGUACAAGUGUACCUCUGGUCAGCGGAGUUUUUACUGCAAAGGUGAAGCAGCAUGGAACUCCUUGCCAGGGGAGUUGAGGAACUAUGCGAGUUUAAAUCGAAAAACAAACCACAGGCCCUUCUCUUUGACGAGUUUUAACUGUCCAUACACUAACACUGAAAUUAUAAUUAUAUGCGUUUUAAUAUUGAUAUUAGUACUUUUUAAGCUGUAUUUUUUAGGGGCCGGUUAUUAAGACAAAUUGUAGCCGUUCUCAUCGCCCAGAACUCAGCGACAUAUCCGAGACUUUAAUAGAGACACUGGCGCUAAAUUUAAAAGCUAAUUUAAAAAAAUGCACUCAUCGGCACGAAGCGGAUCGACAGACCUGUUCUCGAAGGCGGUGAUGAGAUCUUCCGGCAAAUUUUCGGGUGGUUUCCAUGUAUUUUCAUUCGAGGAGUAGUUCUGCCAUUGAAUUAAGUACUUCUCUCUGCCUCCUUUCACUCGUUUUGUGACAAUACGCUCGACUUCGUAAACGCCCACAACAAUUGGGCGGUAUUUUGAAUUACAGGCACGAUCGCAAACAUCAUUGAAUAAUGUCGCGUAAAAGCCUGGCUGAUGUCUCAAACGCUUGGACAUGUUAUCUCUCAUUCAACUGAAUGGAUUGAAUAAAACUUGACUCUUUCAGGUGUUUUGAUUAAUCAAAACGGAUCCAAAUAUGAAUAAUUAUCUAACUAUUCCCUCAGGCGUAAGCCUGUUUUAGGUGGGUAUUUGUUUGUUUUUCUCUUUGCCGUCCGGACUUCAAAGAGAAAAAAAAUCCGGUAAUGUGCUCUCGGUCAUACUGUGCGUUAACCGGCACAGUAAAAGAGCUCGAGCGUGAAGUUCAAGUGAGUGACCCGUGCCUCGCACGCUCUUGUAUACUCUAUCGCACCUUGGGGUUUACUUUACGCAUCCAACCGUUUGAUUGACAGCAGCUGAAAUCCGCAAAGAGACUCAAGUAUUCCCAAAGCUAAAUCUGUUGGCCAAUAUAGCCGACUAGUUCUAGACUUGCAAAUUAUGCCGCGCGUUGAUAAAUUGGGCACUGUAAGUUCAUGUCGCGAGAAACAUUAGCUUUCUAGGCGAUGUUUAACAAAGCUGCGUUCUAAACUAUCUUGAAUUUAGCUGAAUCUUUUAUCUGAACAUUCAUUACUGCGAAUAGCGUCAGGAGGCCGAAAGCAAAGAGUUUCUUUUUCCUUAGAGCUAUCUAGGGCUCUUCUUAGGGGAGUGUUUGAAUAAAAGCAUACAAGUAUAUAUAGGAACGUGGUAAAAUGGUCGAGCGCUUCUAAGGAACCAUGAGAAUUCUCCAAUAAGUCUGCGUAAAUGAAUGGUGACAUCAUUAUUCAACGAGUUUGCGAACACCGGUUGAUUUUGAAAAGAAGCAAGUGUUUUUUACUUUCGAUUUCUUGAUAGCAAAUUCCAGUGUAUAAGAGCCAUUGAUUUUAGGGUAGUCUGCCCAAAUUUUGUUUUCAUCUUUAGGAGGUCUAGGAAAGUCUCUAAGGGGAUCGAAAUGGUCUUUGUAAACGUAUUCCUAGGUCAUUUAGUAUUAUCAACUCCUUACCUGCAUGCGAAGGUAAAUGUAAAUUGGAAAAGAAAAAUUUAGUUUAAAUGUUUUAUUUAAUCAACAUUUUUAUUUGGCUUCUUGCUUUUGAAAGUUAAUAAAACUUUCAAUUAUGUUAUAACCAUAUUGAUUAUUAUCUAUGUGUGUUGUAUUGCAGAGAUCACAUGUCCAGUACUGUCUCCACCAUCUCAUGGAACAAGAUAUGGAUGUCCAGGAAAUGUGCCAUUAUAUAACGGUACUGUCUGUCGGUUCACGUGUAAUAAUGGCUAUGUAGGAUCAGGAUCUCAAGUCAGAAGGUGUCAGUACGAUGGAACUUGGAGUGGACAGAACUUCGUUUGUAAAAGAAGGUUCCCAAAGUUUAUCAGAUAGAAAGAGUAAUGUUCAUACGUCAAAACGAACAAGAAGUCAUUGAUAACUGAUUGCGGAAAAUGUUAGUUUAUCUCAGCUUCUUUCUAUUUUUUUAGUCAUCAACUGUACAUCGCUGAUGAUAAAUUGCAUUUGCAGCUCAGUUCUAACACAGGACUGUGUCUAAGAACUCGGCCAACCAAUAUAAUUAUUCCAGUUCAUUUAGUUCUCCCACACGCGCAGUCAAUAACCAUUGAGUUUUUCUAAAACCGAAAAAAGAGGUAAUUCUUCAGUCGAUAGUUGAUGAAAUGCGAGAGUUAUGAAACUCCAAACUAUCCCCUUGUUAUACCUGAUUGUGAGCUUUUUAAAAUCAUGUUUAUUUGACACUGUUCUAGUUUUGAUUCUGGUCUUGCCAUUUAGUUUGCCACUUAUACAUUUAUAAAAGACACUACAUGCCGUGUUAAGCGUAAAUUUUUUAGCCGAGGAUCGGAGAACCAUUUCUACCCGACAUCAAAUGUCUGCGUGGCUUCCGCUGAACUUAUUUCUCUCUAUAGUCAGAGUUAAAUGCCAGGUUGUGAUAUACUCGAAAGAUGAGUGUCAUGCUAAUUAUAAUCGGAUUUCUCCUUCAGCUUUAAAGUGCCCGACCUUGUCAUUACCGAGGAAUGGUGUCCUCUUGGGAUGUAACACCAAUAACACAGAGAUGUCAUAUGACACUGAAUGCAGGUUCUUUUGUAAGGAAGAAUCUGAAGCGAUUGGUGCAACAAUAAAGAGGUGUGCUGAAAAUGGAACGUGGAUUGGACCAGACCUUGUUUGUCCAGGUACGAGAGAUGCGAACUAUUGGUACUAUCAAAAUGUUAUGGAAUUUAAGUGGUUUUCGCUAAUUUUUACUUGUUGUAUUCAUUGCGUCGCAUGA